AUGGAGAAGGUGCAAUCGACGCCACAAAGGCUUCUCCUGGUGGGAUCACUGGAGGCGGCUAAAUCUGGCGCGUAUCAAGAAGCCGUCAAAAAGUAUCAGACAGAAGGCACUGUCUUGGAGACGCAUAUGGUGGAUCGCAUCACGGAUCUCGCCUAUACGCCACCUCCCACGUCGUUUGACGCAGUCUACGUGAUGGUGCCAGCGCAGGACACUGCGUGGUCCACGCUCUUGGCCAAGCUGUACGAGUCGCUUGUGCCUGGUGCUAAGCUCAGCCUCACGCUUGUCGAUGCAGGAGCGCCUGCCACUGCCAGUGAUGCAGGGGCUCAGGUCCAGACGGAGUUGACGAUCUCGGGCUUUGCCGAUAUUCGGACGCAUGCCGAUGCCUCGAUCGAGGCUUCUCGACCUGCCGCCGCUGCCGUGUCCCACGCGCCAUCGCCGGCUGGCAACGCGGCCGGCGCCGUGCCGCUGCGCCGCAAGCCGAAAGGGGACACUUCGCGUAUGCAGAAAAAAGCGUCUUUGUGGGCAACGCAUCCAGAAACCUCGAUGGACACGGACGCCCAAUUGCAGGAGCACGCACGUAUGAUGGCCAGUGGUCCGAAGCGAGCCGACUGCACGGUCGACUUGUCUGUGCCUCGCACGCGCCGAAAGCGCGCGUGCAAAGGAUGCACCUGUGGUCUUCGCGAGCUGGAAGAAGAAGAAGAGCGCGGAGCUACGGUCGUGCAACUUGAUCCGAAUGAGGUGAAUGCGCCUGGCACGACUCGCAAGGAAGUCACCGAGACGGUCGUGGGUGCGGAUGGCACGGAGCGCCGCGUCAAGCGCAUCCAGGUUGAUACGCGUGGUGCUACAAGUAGCUGUGGCAGCUGCUUCCUGGGCGAUGCAUUCCGCUGCAGUUCAUGCCCCUUCCUGGGCAUGCCGGCGUUUGAGCCGGGUCAAAAAGUCGAAAUCCCCGUGAAUAUGGAUGACGAUGUGUGA